AAACUCAAGUAUCCUCUUGUUAUAGUAAUUGUGGUUGUAUGUCCUCCUGAAAGACAAACAAGCCAGGCCUUGAUAAAAUACAGCCAUUCUCAUCCAGCAAAUGGUGACAGACCACGGUCAGGAUGCAGCGCUGUAGAGCCAGGAAGAGAUUGGCGUACACUUCCUCCUGUAACAUAAACUACAAUGAAUAGCAGAUUGCGCUUGUGAGCUCAGUUACAUUCCAUCAUUUUCCUUACUCCAGUUCCUUACAGGAUGGCAGCAACAUUUGCUUUCUAUGGUCUCUUCUUGCUGUUCUCCAAGCCUCUCUUCUCCAUAACAUCUUCCAGUCUGGAUAAGCUGGCUUUUGUGGUUGUGGUCUAUCGUCACGGAGAUCGUUCCCCAAUUGAUACAUACCCGACUGAUCCAUACAGAGAAACAGUUUGGGAUAAUGGGCUGCAGCAACUCACCCAGGUGGGCAUUAGACAACAGUAUGAACUGGGACAAUACCUGAGGAAGAGAUAUAAGAAUUUCCUGAGCCCGUCAUACAGGAAAGAGGAGAUCUAUGUACGCAGUACGGACUAUGACCGGACUCUGAUGAGUGCCCAAGCCAACCUGGCAGGAUUUUACCCACCUAACGGAACGCAGCUCUGGAAUCCAGAUAUUCCGUGGCAACCCAUCCCAGUGCACACAGUGCCAGUAUCCCAAGACAGGCUUCUGAAAUUCCCUUCCAAAGACUGCCCCCAGUAUGACGAGCUAAUCAGGAAGACCACCCAGAUGCCAGAUUAUCAGAACCGGGUGAACAGCUGGAAGGACUUUACUGAGCGCAUAGCAAACUACACAGGCUACAGUGCAGAACGCAUCAUCCCUCACCAGGUGUGGAAAGUUUACGACACCCUUUUCUGUCAGAGCUCGCACAACCUGAGCCUACCUGCCUGGGCUACACCAGACGUGCUGAGAACUUUGCAAGAGAUGACCGCUUUCAGCAUCGAAACUCAUAUGGGACGCUACAGGCCUAAAGAGAAGGCCCGGCUGACCGGAGGGAUUCUUGUGGGAGCUGUCAUUCAGAACUUCACAGAUGCCAUUCGCAAAACGUCACCACUAAAAAUGGUGAUGUACUCAGCUCACGACAGCACCAUCCUGGCCCUGCAAGGAGCACUGGGCAUUUAUAACAGAGUCCACCCACCGUAUGCGGCAUGUCAUAUGUUUGAGUUCUACAAGGAGAGUGAUGGCACUUACAGUGUCGGUAUGUACUAUCGGAAUGAGUCCAACAACGAGCCCUAUGAGCUAUUGCUGCCGGGCUGCCCAUCUCCCUGUCCGUGGCCGGUGUUCACUAAGUUGCUGGCACCAAUCAUCCCAGAAGACUGGAGGAAGGAAUGCCAGCUUCAGGAGCAACAACAACAGCCAGGUGGAGCGAUCCUUGCACUGUCCCUUGUAGUGGGAUGCCUGACACUUGCACUAUGUGGCAUUCUCCUCUGGAUAUGGUGGAGUAAUCACAGGAGGCAUUAACACCAAACCCAGUAAAUGCUGUAACCAACAAGUUCUUUAUUAAAUAGAAAAAUAUAUGUUCCCAAUUGGGGAAAUUAUAACAGCCCUUUAUGCAUCAGUUUUACACAGAUGGCAACAGUCCUUCAUUACCCACAAUUAGUACUGCAUGGAUGCUUAUCAUUUAUAAACCAAAAGCUCAAUGAGCAGAAGUAUAAAUAUGAAUAUUUGCAGUAGCUCCCAGUCCAUGUGUUCUACUCAGACUGGUAAGAUUGCGGAGCUGCUAAAAUAUUAAAAUUUCUUUUAAAGGAUAAUGAUUGUGUCAAAGCAAGUUCCCCCCCAUGACAUUAGGCAGAGGCAUUCUGCUAACAUAUGACCAGGUUGUAACAAGUGUUGCCAAUAUUUGGGUAUUCUGAUACUACAAUGUACUAUCGAGACUUCUGUCAAGGCUGCUUCCUCUACUGGACUCUAAACCAGGACUCCGCUAUCUAGAUUCAGAGGCUUCUCCAACAGGACUACGGUCACAAAGCUGUUCUUGUGCAAUUUGUUUUAUAAGUCUAAACGAUUGACCAAUUCUCAAUGACAUAGCACGUUUGAUAAAAGUAUAACCAUUUAUGAAACAGGA